CGUCAGCGGUCCGCUCCUGGAGUGCAGCAGCCUUGCUAUCAUCUCCACCAGGCACGAGCUUGUAGCUGCAACGUCCCGUGUGUUUCUGUCUUUGCAUUGCCCUUGUGAAUAAUCGCGUCUACUCACUCGCCUUGUCCGCGCCUGCCCCUACUCCCGCAUACUGUCCCCGUACUACACCUCCGCCCUGAAUCCACCCUUCACCCGCCACAAGCCAUCAUGGCAACCAACCCCCCACAGCUGUUCCUCCUCGCCGACCACAUCAAGCUCUCCCUCCUCGAGCGCCAACGCGCGUUAUCCCUCAACCUCCCGUCCAACAGCCAAGAUGGCCAGAUCUCACGGUCACUGGAGCAACUGCGCUCCGGCAUUGAAUCAUUGGAGUCGCAAGUCCAAGACACAUCAGACGAUUCCAUAACCUCACAACUCCCCCGCCUCCGCAGCCAACUGGCUGAACUCACAUCGCAAUUCACACCCACCAACCCAGCAGCAGCAGCAACAACGACCUCACCAGCCCUAACCUCCCCCAACGACCCCUCUCUAUCCCGCGACUUUGCCGCCGCCCAAAACAAGAAACCCACUACUACACGCUCAGCCUCAAAAUCCGUCCGCUUCAGCGACAACGACGAUGACAAUGACGAUGAUGCAAACCGCGCCUCCCUCUUCCCUUACCGCGACGAUCCCCCCGACGACGCCAGCCCCAAUCUCGCGCAUCUGGACAACCAGCAGAUCCACGCCUACCACGACCGCGUCAUCGCGGACCAAGACUCGCAGCUCGAUCAACUAGGCCAGAGUAUCAGUCGCCAACGCGAGCUAUCCAUGCAGAUUGGCGACGAGCUAGACGGGCAGGUCAUGUUGCUGGAUGAUGUCGAGGAAGGCGUGGAUAGACAUGCGGCGCAGUUUGUGCGUGCAAGAGGCAGGCUAGAUAGGUUUUCGAGGAAAGCGCGGGAGAAUUGGAGUUUGACGGUUAUUGUGGUGCUCAUCAUUAUACUGGUUUUGUUGAUUGUUAUUACAAAGUAGUAAAGCAUUUAAUAGGUCUCUCCAUGGGCGUUAUUUGUUUGAAAUGGGAGGAUAAAGGGAAUUAGACUUUUGAUCAAGCGGCAGUUCCAUGCUAUUGAGACGGAGUAAAGGAACCAGUCAUUGUUUGUAGCAGCUAAAGACUAGCAUGCAUCGUACUGUUGAUCAUGCCAUGCUCCUACUUGGGAC